AUGGCGUCUUUCCACCCCAACCUCCAUUCUGUUACGUCAUCGCAACAAUCCAAUCACAAGAAGCGCCGCAAACACCACGCUUCCCUCGCUUCCGCUCCCUCUCCAUGGACUUCCCAAACCGAACACCGCAUCUACGCCACUAACCUCCUCCACGCUCUCCGCCGUAACAGCCCUGCCGCUGCCAGCGAUGUCCGCGCAGCCGCCGACCGUGCCCUCGCCGCCACGGCCAAAGGCCGAACUCGCUGGAGCCGCGCGAUUCUCGCAAAUCCGUUUGGCCGGUGGAAGAGGAGGCACCACAUGAAGGCCAGGAAGUCCCGCGCUGGAUUGAUGAAGAAGAGGACGCCGGAGAUUCGGAGAACGGCCCCGCCGCUGCAGAAGAAAGCGCGCUCUCUCGGACGGUUAAUCCCCGGUUGCCGGAAGGUGUCGUUCCCGAAGCUUCUAGAAGAAGCCGGUGAUUAUAUCUCUGCCUUGGAGAUGCAAGUGCGAGCCAUGACGGCUCUCGCCGACCUUCUCGCCGGCGGUCCGUCGUCCCCCGCUCCUCUCCGUUUGAGUUGA